AUGCGCGAGGAGCUGAGACAGGAGAAGCGCGAUGAGCGCCAACUUCGCGAGGAGCACAAGAUGCAGGCUAUUGCAGCUGGUAUGCCUGUUGAUGAUGAUGACGAUGAUGGCGACGACGACGACGAUGUUGGUAUUCCUGAUAUUUCACCUGAAGCACGCGACUUCAUCUCAAAACUUCUGACCCGCGAUCCGAAGCGCCGGCUCGGCUACAAUGGCGCUGCUGAGGUCAAGAGCCACCCGUUCUUCCAGUCAGUCAACUGGGAUACGAUCCUGGAUGCACAGCCGGCGUUUGUGCCUCAGGUCGAUGACAUCGAAGAUACUGAGUAUUUUGAUUCGCGUGGUGCCACGCUCGACGAGUCUCACAAAGAGGAGGAGCAGGAGAAGCCAAAAUCCACACUUGGUGGUGCCGGUGCAGGCAUCCGAUUUCGUCAACCAAGUCAGAGGAUCUCCCACCACUGA